ACAUUCCUCAUCCACUGUCGUCUUCUUCCUUGUCUCCUGCGCUGUCCUUCAUCGAUUCGGCCGGGGUACGGUGCUUGUUGGAUCGCUAUAUCUAUAUAUAUGGGUGAGGGCCCGGCGCUGUGGGCCGCGGCGGCCGUGGUGCUCGGCGCCGUGGUCCUCGACCGCGUCGUACGGAGGCUCCACGGUUGGUACAGGGAGGCGCCGCUGGGCCCCCGCAGGCGAGCGCGGCUGCCGCCGGGGGAGAUGGGGUGGCCCGCAGUCGGCGCCAUGUGGGCCUUCCUCCGCGCCUUCAAGUCCGGCAAACCCGACGCCUUCAUCGGCUGCUACAUCCGACGGUUCGGUCGCACGGGCGUGUACCGGGCGUUCAUGUUCAGCAGCCCGACGAUCCUGGUGUGCACCCCGGACGCGUGCAAGCAGGUGCUCAUGGACGACGACGCCUUCGUCACCGGCUGGCCCAAGGCCACCGUCGCGCUCAUCGGCCCCAAGUCCUUCAUCGCCAUGCCCUACGACGAGCACCGCCGCCUGCGCAAGCUCACCGCCACGCCCAUCAACGGCUUCGACGCGCUCACCGCCUACCUGCCCUUCAUCGACUGCACCGUCACCUCGUCGCUGCGCGCCUGGUCCGACGCCUCUGCCGCUGGCGGGGAGGUCGAGUUCCUGACGGAGCUCCGGCGCAUGACGUUCCAGAUCAUCGUGCAGAUCUUCCUCGGCGGCGCGGACGACGCCACCACGCGCGCGCUGGAGCGGAGCUACACGGAGCUCAACUACGGCAUGCGCGCCAUGGCCAUCAACCUCCCCGGCUUCGCAUACCGCCGGGCGCUCAGGGCGCGCAGGAAGCUGGUGUCGGUGCUGCAGGGCGUGCUGGACGAGAGGCGGGCGGCGACGUCCAAGGAGUUCACGAGGUCCAGCAGCGUGGACAUGAUGGACCGGCUGAUCGAGGUGGAGGACGAGGGCGGCCGGAGGCUGGACGACGACGAGAUCAUCGACAUCCUCAUCAUGUACCUCAACGCCGGACACGAGUCCUCCGGCCACAUCACCAUGUGGGCCACCGUGUUCUUGCAAGAGAACCCAGAAAUCUUUGCAAAGGCAAAGGCCGAGCAGGAGGAGAUCAUGAGGAGCAUUCCACCGACGCAGCAGGGGCUGACCCUGAGGGACUUCAGGAAGAUGGAGUACCUCUCACAGGUGAUCGAUGAGACGCUGCGUUUUGUCAACAUCUCGUUCGUGUCGUUCCGUCAGGCGACGAGAGAUGUCUUUGUGAACGGCUACCUGAUACCAAAGGGUUGGAAGGUUCAGCUGUGGUACAGGAGCGUGCACAUGGACCCUCAAGUUUACCAUGACCCCAAGAAGUUCAACCCAUCCAGAUGGGAGGGGCAUUCGCCGAGAGCCGGCACAUUCCUUCCCUUUGGACUUGGCGCGAGGCUGUGCCCUGGGAAUGAUCUCGCAAAGCUGGAGAUCUCUGUCUUCCUGCACCAUUUCCUCCUUUGUUACAAGCUGACAAGGACGAACCCAAACUGCCCGGUCAGGUACCUGCCUCACCCUAGGCCGGUGGAUAACUGCUUGGCGAAGAUCACCAAAGUUCCAGACAUCUAAGAAAUUCUGAAACCUAGCUGGCACCGAAAAGGGGCUGACAAUUGUCCUGUGUGCAAGAAAUAAAACAAGGGAAUAAAGUGUCAUAUGACAUGUUCUAUGGAUCAACAAUGUGCCUGUCUUUGAUAUGUUCGGCUGUUUCGUUGUUCUUGUCGUCCGAGGAGAAGUCAUAUAGCAGUUGCUGUUACUAACUUGUAUACUGACUCUGAAAGCAUUUCAUUCCCUUUACAAGCGAUCUGAGUCCACUGAGAACUGUAGGCUGUACAUAAGAGAAGCAAUAAAAGAUACGUCUGAGCUCAUGGUUUAUUGGAAUACAUUAUUCCGUUUAAAUAAAAGAUAAGGAUAAUAAGUCUUGAAUGCAUUUUGUUUAGAAUUAA